AUCCGCGCAAAGCACUCAAAAGGUGGCUCUGAGAGAGAGAAAAAAAAAAGAGUGUUUCUGUUUCGAGACGUUAUCGGAUUUCAAAUUUCCAUUUCGCCGGAAUUUGGGAAUUCCGUUCACGUCCGGUCUAGGGUUUUGAUAAGACGGAGACACAAUAGAGAGAGAGAGAGAGGAAGAAAGCCGUUACAGAGAAACUACUCAGUGAAGGAAGAGAAGAGUCUUCGUUUUCUUGAAGAUUCGGAUUCGAUUUACCGGAAUUUUGGUACCUUUCGAGUUCGAGCACAAAGGCUAGGUUUUUAUUUUCUUGGGUUGUUUUUUUUUUUCUUUCACUGUUUCGUCGAUUCACUGUUCGAAUUUUGGCGAUUUCUGAAAAGGGGUUUCGAAUCUCCCUAUUGCCGUUGGCUGUGCUUCGGCGCGCGUGCUUAUGAAGUUGAAUUCUCGAUCGGCGAUUGCGGGUGCUGCCAAGGGGUUACUUUGGGAAGUUUCAUGAUGUUUACACCGCAGAAGGUGUGGUCGGGCUGGUCUCUCACGCCGAGAACCGGGGCCCACAAGAGCGGAACCGGGUCGGGCCCGAACCAGAAUUCCAUUGGGGAUGCAGCGAAGGGGAAAGGUAUUGCUCUUGGCGAAGCCGCCACUCCGCCGCCUUCGGGUUUCGCGGUUGAGAAUGGCGGAAAUGCGCUGAUGGGUUCGGGACAACCCGCGGCAGACCGCGACGGGCUGACUCAGAGUAUUUCACAGAUUGAAAAUGAGCUUUUUGAAUAUCAGUAUAACAUGGGGCUUCUCUUGAUUGAGAAGAAGGAGUGGACUUCUAAGUAUGAAGAACUUAGGCAAGGAUUAGAUGAAGCCAAGGAUGCCCUUAAAAGGGAACAAGCGGCACAUUUAAUUGCAUUAUCUGAUGUUGAGAAGCGGGAGGAGAAUUUAAGAAAGGCCUUGGGGGUUGAGAAACAGUGUGUCCUUGAUCUAGAGAAGGCUUUGCGGGAGAUACGUGCUGAAAAUGCGGAAAUUAAGUAUACAGCUGAUUCAAAGUUGGCUGAGGCAAAUUCUUUAGUCACUAGUAUAGAAGAGAAAUCUUUAGAGCUUGAAGCAAAGUUGCGAGCAGCUGAUGCUAAGCUUGCUGAGGUGAGCAGAAAGAGCUCCGAGAUUGAGAGGAAGUCACAUGAUCUUGAGGCCCGAGAAAGUUCACUGCGAAGGGAUCGUCUAUCCUUUGUCGAGGAGCAAAGGGUACACGAAUCUAAUCUGUCUAAGCAGAAGGAGGACUUGCGAGAAUGGGAAAGAAAACUUCAAGAGGGAGAGGAAAGGCUAGCUAAGGGUCAGAUAAUUCUCAACCAAAGAGAGGAGAGGGCAAAUGAGAAUGAUAGGACUUUUAAGCAGAAACAAAAGGGCCUCGAGGAUGCACAGAAGAAGAUUGAUGAAAGCAACGCAAUUUUGAAAAGUAAAGAAGAGGAUAUUGGUAGUAGAAUAGCAAAUCUAACCUUAAAAGAGAAGGAAUAUGAUGCUUUGAGAAUAAGCCUAGAGAUGAAAGAGAAGGAAUUCCUCCUUUUAGAGGAAAAGCUUGAUGCUAGAGAAAGAGUUGAAAUUCAGAAGCUUACCGAUGAGCAUAAUGCCAUUUUGGAAGAAAAGAAGCGUGAAUUUGAGUUGGAAAUAGAUCAGAAGAGAAAAUCAUUGGAUGAUGAAUUGAAGAACAAGGUGGUUGAUGUAGAGAAGAAGGAAGCCGAAAUCAAUCACAAGGAGGAGAAACUUUCAAAAAGAGAGCAGGCGUUGGAGAAGAAGUGGGAAAAGUUUAGGGAGAAAGAGAAAGACCAUGAAACAAAAUUGAAAACUCUAAAAGAAAGGGAGAAAUCUGUUAAGUCUGAGGAGAAGAACCUAGAGAAAGAGAAGAAAGAAAUGCUUGCCGAUAAAGAGGAAUUGCUUGGAAUUAAGGCUGAAGUUGAGAAGAUCAGGGCUGAAAAUGAAGAACAACUACAGAAUAUAAUUGAUGAGAGGGAUCGACUUAAAGUCAGCGAAGAGGAGAGGUCAGAAUACCGGCGCUUGCAAUCAGAACUAAAACAGGAAAUUGACAAGUACAUGCAGCAGAAAGAAUUGCUUCUGAAGGAAGCUGACGAUUUAAAGCAGCAAAAGGAGGUUUUUGAGAGGGAAUGGGAAGAGCUGGAUGAGAAAAGAGCAGAGAUUGAGAAAGAGCUGAAGAAUUUGAGGGAGCAGAAGGAAGAAUUUGAAAAACUGAAAGAAAUUGAAGAAGAGAGGCUGAAAAAUGAGAAAGCAGCAGCACAAGACCACAUAAGAAGGGAGCAGGAAGAACUAAAUUUGGCCAGGGAAUCAUUUUCAGCCUACACGGAGCAUGAGAAAACCUUAUUAGCUGAGAAAGAAAAAAGUGAGAGAAGCCAAAUGAUCCAUGAUUAUGAGGUGCGGAAAAGAGAACUUGAAACUGAUAUGCAAAAUCGUCUGGAGGAGAUUGAAAAGCCCUUGCGUGAAAAGGAGAAAUCCUUUGAGGAAGAGAGAAAGAGAGAAUUGGAUAAUAUUAAUUACCUAAGGGAUGUAGCUAGAAGAGAUAUGGAAGAGUUGAAAUUUGAGAGACUUAAAAUAGAGAAAGAAAGACACGAAGCUGAUACAAAUAAAGAGCAUCUUGAAAGGCACAGAGUUGAAAUACGAAAAGACAUUGAGGAGCUUUUUGACCUUAGCAACAAGCUCAAGGACCAACGAGAACAAUUUAUCAAGGAGAGAGAACGCUUCAUUUCGUUUGUCGAUGAGCUCAAGGGUUGCAAUAACUGCAGUGAAAUAGUCUCUGAGUUUGUGCUUUCUGAUUUACGAUCUUUAGUUGAAAUUGAGAACGUAGAAGUGCUUCCCAUGCCAAAGCUAGCUGAUUAUGCAAAGGGAGGCGUUAUUGGAGACCUGGCUGCUUCUAAGAAGCCAAGUAGUGAUACAUUUGAUCCAAAAUCUCCAGUAUCUGGUGGAACUAUGUCCUGGCUUCGUAAAUGCACGACAAAGAUUUUUAAGCUCUCUCCAGGAAAGAAAUCUGAGUCGACCUCUGUUCGAAAUUUGGCUGAGGAGGAGCCCUUUUUGGGAGAGCAUAAUCUGGAAGAGCCACCUAAGAAAGUGCUCAGCAGUGAAAUCGAGGCAGAGCUCUCUUUUGCUGCUGCUAGUGAUUCUUUUGAUGUUCAAGCCAGCAUAAGAGAGACUGAAGCUGGUCAGGAUCCGUCAGCUGAUGAUGUGAGCAAUAUCAACAGUCAAGGACCAGAAGCUCCGGAAGAUUCUCAACCAUCUGAUUUGAAGGGGGAAAAAAAGCGUCCAAGAAGAGGAAAGGGUAAAGUAAGCAGAACACUCUCUGUGGAAGCAGUUGUUGAAGAUGCUAAAGCUCUACUCGGGGAAGAUUUGAAACUAAAUGAUGGUGGGUAUCAGAAUGGGAAUGCUGAGGAUUCUGCAAAUACAAAUGCUGGAAGCCAGGGUGGGUCCAUCAUUGCUGAGAAAAAACCUUUUUAUGCACGUAAGCGAGGGCGUCCUCGGACAUCUCAAGCCACAGUGAGUGAGCAUGAUGGGUAUGACAGUGAAGAACGUUCAGAGGCAGGCCGGCGCAAGAGGAUGCGGGAUAAGGUUCCAACGGUUGAGCAAGCUCCAGCUGAAAGGCGGUAUAAUCUCCGCCGACCCAAAAGUCAAGAUGCAGCCGCACCAGUUAAAGCUUCACGUAGCAAAGAAAAUCAGCAACAAGUCACGGACGAAGCAGGUCUCUCCUCUAUAGCUGCUCCAGCUAGUUCGAGGGGAUUUGCCAGUGAGAAUGGUGGAAGUUUGCAUCUAGUGCGGUGUACAACUGUUGCCAAUACCGAAGAUGGUUUUGUUGAUGCAACCAAGAAUAUGGUUGAGAAUACAGCUUUGAGCGAAGAGGUGAAUGGAACCCCUGAAAGGGGCAGGGAGUAUGCUGAUGGAGACGAUUACCGGAGUGAAUCCCAGGGAGAUGAUGCUAGUAACGUCGAAGAUGAGGAUGAGGACGACGACGAAGAGUCUCAGCAUCCUGGUGAAGUCUCAAUAGGGAAGAAGCUCUGGACCUUCCUCACUACAUAAUCGCUGAAAGUUUUGAUGCCCAUAAGAAUGAGUAGUGCUGGACGGAUCUUGACUGCUUCGCACUUCUUUAGGCAUAUUCUCUUUUAGGAUCUCUCCUAAUGUGUAGUAGUGUGUAUUAACAAUUUAAAAUUUAGCUAGAACCAUGGAAAUAUUUUAGGCAGGGGGAAUUGGGUUUUUCUUUACCCCGCCGUUAUCUUCUGUAGGAGUUAGGAAUUAUUGGGCUGUUUUUAGUUUUCUUCUUUUUCCAUGUUUCUUUUGAGCAACUAUCUUUAGACAAUUUUAUGUAGCUGUAAACCGGUGCAUAUUCGACACUGGACUUGGCUUCCUACUCUUAUAACAUUGUAUCAAAUGCUUGCAUCUCUUUUGUUCUGGAA